CAGAGUGAAGUGGAGAGAUGCAGUAACUGUAGCCUGAUAGAGAGAGGCAGUGUAACUUAGCUAGCUACAUUCCAGGUAUUUAGUCAUUAGUUUGUCUGCACAUCCCGGUUGUGAGAUGAACACCAUAGCUACUACAUCUGAAGGUGUAUGAGGCCUUCAGCCAGGAGAGCUCACCCAUGGAACAGGAAGUGAUGCGCAUAUACCCCUCCUCCCCCCCUCCGCUGGACGAAGAAUCAGGGGGAGAGGAGGACGAUGACGAGUUUCGGGAUUUCUCUGGGGGUGUGCCCUCCUAUGGAGGGGUGGCAAUGUCAUCCAACCAGCUGUGCCCCUCCACGACAGACCCCGCCUCCCCAACCCCAUCAAUGGUGCACUUUAGUGUUAGUAACUCCUCCUUCUUCGCCGGAGCUACCCAUAGCAACGGAAUCUCGAAACAGUUCCGAGCAGCUGACAACCUGAAGAAGCCACGGGCGCCAGUGGUGGACCAAUCACAGCCCGCUAACACUGUGACCCUAGAGGUUGGCAGGGGUCGGCCGGGGUUGGAGGUCAAAGGGCAGCCCUGUCAUUGCGACCUCCCUGAUCUCCCUCUCACCAAUGGGUUUACCGAGCGGCAUCACCAGGGGACCAUGUCUGCAGGUCUUGUACCGGCUGGUCUGGGCUCCCCCAGCCAGGAGCAGGGGUUUGCAGACUUCUCUGCGUUCGCCGAGCCAGAGAUGGAGCUGGAGCCCUGGUGCUGCGGCUUCACUCACACUACGGAGUACAGGAAAGACGGCAGGACAGAAGGGACAAACCUAGCCAACGGUUUCUGCGACGCAUACUCAGUCAAGAAGGACAUAGAGCAGCGGGCCAGAAUAGAGCAGCGGGCCAGAAUAGAGCAGCGGGCCAGAAUAGAGCAGCGGGCCAGAAUAGAGCGUGGCGGGCCAGACUCUCGGUGUUUAGCACAGCAAGGGGACAGGGACUGCACUGGAGUCCAGCAACACCCUCAGGACUCCGCUGGCCUCUUACCCCCCACGGAGGUACUCUGUGCUAGGGGUGAGGGGCUGGGGGAGCCUGGGGAGAGGGUACCCAGCAUCAACAGGGAUAGCACUCUUGGCACGCUUACACAGGACCCAGAAUUGGGAGGGGGGAGGGAGGAGGAAGAGAAGGGGAGUGAAACGGAGGACAGUGUGUCUCCUCUCCCCACCACAGUCAGUGGGUCAGUGAGUGAGGACUUUCCCUCCUUUGGUGAGGCUGUGUCCUCAGACGCUUUGGAGGAGUUUGGAGACUUUGGCGAGACGGUCUUCACUCCCUUGUCACCAGGUGAGGAGGAGGUGCAGCGGAGUGACCUCAGAGAGGAGACGGAGACAAAGAUGGGGGAGGAGGAAGACGACAACGAAGAAGAGGACUUUGGAAACUUCAGGGAUGCUGGAUCCUUCCCUAGCCAGGACGACUUUGCUGACUUCUACCAAUCAGAGUCCAGGACACAGGAGGUCUUUGGUGACAUUGACCAGGACUAUUCUGAGGACCCAGGUCCGACUGAGGUGUGUGGUGAGGAGGUUGGACAUGGAGACCUCCCCCUCAGCGACAGCUUUGCAGACUUCCACUCUGCUCCCCUGGAGGGGGUGCGGAGGGGCAGGGUGAGAGGGAGGAGGGCUGGGGGGCUUUUGGGGACCAGAGAGGUCUGUCGGAGGGGGAGACCUGGGCAGAGCUUGGAGAGGAGGAGAGAGCCAGGCGGACAGAAGAAGAGGAGGUGAAGAGGGAGGGGGAGAGAUGUCAGGGAGGUGCUGCUGUACAAAGGGACAGUCUGCAGGCCUCCCUGUCUAUCCGGCUACAGAGGGUCCUGCAGACCAGCUUCCCUGCAGUGGCAGUCCCAGAACUGGAUCAGGAGAGGAGUAU